GACGUUUAUUUUGUGUUUGUGGUGAUGUGGUCUGUGUGCUAACUGAACAAUUAUCACAAUUAUUCUACUACUGAUUUGGCUGUUCGUCUUUUUUCUUCUUCAUACAUUGAAUUAAAAUCAAAACAAAUUAUGUGAAGCUGGAUGUUGUAAUUGUUACAUUUAGACAAGUUUAUUAUAUACUUGAUAUUCUCAAAUAGUGAAACUGUUUACUCGUUUACCGCAAUACUCUGUUUUAUCAAACAAACAUGGCUUCGUAUGUUGACAUGAGUUUGGAUGAUAUAAUUCAAAAAAAAAAGAGGGAAACUCCAAGGCCAAAGUCAAAAAUGAAAACUCAAGUACCUGCUCAAUUUCCCAAAAAACAAACUAUUGAAGAUGCAAGGAAUAAGAUAAUAUCAAAAAAACGUACCCAUAUUGUGGAUGCAAGAGAAAAAUUAGCAGAUCUUGCUAAGCACAAAGAUGCUCGGUUAAGAUUAGAAGAGUUAAGAGCAAAAAAGCAGGGGAUUGCAAGAUUACCAGGUGUAAAUUCUCAAUAUCAUCGGAAAUAUACCCAUUACAGUCACCCAUAUUUACCACCUAGAAAAGAACCAGUGUUUACAGAUCCGUCAAGACAUGUUGUAUCACAACCACUAGGCUUGAAACCAGUAAGAAGACAAAACUUCAACAACAAAAAGUUUUUGGUGGACAGAUCUAUAGAAUCUAGAAAUUUAGGUAAACCUGUGAUAAAACCAAUAACUAGAACUGUGGAAAAUGACAUUGUAGUAAUUGAUGACCCAAUGGAAGAGAGAUUUGAUAUUUCAAGAACAAUUUCUAACCGUAAUUCAAGCUUGCAACUCAAAAUAGUUACACACAAUAAUAAUGCAUUCAGAAGUGCUACUAUAGAAAAAGAAAAGAGCCCACCAAGACCGCCGUCAAUUUUGAAGAAAAGACCAAUGGCCGCUCUGCGCAGUGAAAACAAAAUAGAAAAAAUGGAAAAGCCUCCUACUGAAUUUAGGAUUAUCGUCAGUAAUUUACGUAGCUCAGUCACAGCGGGAGACAUUGAGGAACUGUUUGGUGAUGUUGGUGGUAUGGUAGAAUCUCGUCUGGUGAGACCGGGGACAGCAGAAGUCAUUUACAAGAGUCUUGAGGAUGCCCAGAAGGCUGUUGAGCUAUACCACAACAGGCAGUUAGACAAGCAGCCUAUGAAUUGCUUACUUGUCACUCCUCGCACUACAUCUGCUCCUUCAAGUACCAGCAGUAGCACCAAGCCAGCCCUGUAUAGCACUAAUUCAAAUGUUGAACCGGACAUAUCAACUUUCCAUAAAGUGUUAUUCAGCAAUUUCUAAAUUCAAUAGUAUUAAGCACUCUGAUAAGGCUGCUCUUUUUAUUAUGUAUUAGGUUUUACAGUGUGUUUUAUUUUAAAUAAAGUCUACUGAUUAGUAAAUAUUUGGCCUGCAUUGUUAAUGUUUUUUUUUUAUUUUAUAUAUUAUGUACUUUAUAAAAGGAUACAAUCUGAAUGUCUGUACCUACUUUGAAUAAAACUUUACUCUGUGUGUCUGUUCGCUUUUAUCUAUGGAACUACAAAACAGAUUUUCGUACAAUUUUCACAGUUAGAUUAUGGGAUAUGUGAUAUUUCAUCAACAUGGUUUAAUGAAUUGUAUCCAGAAAAACAAAACAUAAAAUAAUUUUAUUGAAAAGCUCUCGGCUAAUAUUUUUAUGAAUGAUUGUAUUUGAAAUUCGAUUACUUAAGAUUUGUCUUUUUUGAACUACAACAAAGUAGAGUGAGUAGGUAUAUCGCGCAUUAUCAUUAAUACAAUGGUCAAUUCUUUCAUUUAGACCUUUAAAAUUAUUAUGUUAAGCAUAAAAAUCUGGUCACUUGUAUCAUGUUUAAAAUAAAUAAGUUCUUAAAUUAA